UGACAAGCAGCCGUGGACGCUACCAAUUUUUGGGGGGUUGCAGAGUACUGACUCACUUUUAAUGUCUCCGGCGCUCAACGCCCAUCUUCAACACAGUCCUGUUCUCUGAACGCCUCCGGCCACAGCGCGGUCUGAGGUCCCGUCCUGGGACUCACUUCGACAUCCGCGCCGCCCCUCUCUGCGCGGUUGGGUCAGUCCACCCACCUCUUCCACAUGUUAGCUUGAGUUGUUAGCCCUCCGGACCUGCUGCAGUUCUCACCAGAGCCGAUGCUGGACGAAGAACUGAAGGGAAAUACUAAGUUCGUAUUGGAUUAAAUUCUCCGGGCAGAAUCAGCUGACCUGGCAUUGAAAGGGGAGCUGACCAGUUGUGACACUGGCGUGAGUGUGUGUGUGCUGGUACUAGUAGAACUGUUUGUGUAUAUGAGUUUAUUGGUACCAAUACAGGAGUGAGAGAGUAAGUGAGUGGGCGUCUCUUGGGGCGGAGCUCCGAAGAGGGGCAGGAUUUUCAGGCGGAAGUUGGUCAAAAAUGAACAAACUGACGUUCCACAACAACAAGACCAUGCAGGACCGCCGUUGUGUGUGUGUGUUUCUCCCUAAUGAUGACACACUUAAUGUCAUCGUCACUGUGAAGACUUUGUGUCAGGAACUGUUGGUGCAGGUGUGUGAUCUGCUUAGACUGAAGGACUGUCACCUGUUUGGCCUCACUGUUGUUCAGAACAAUGAGCAUAUCUAUAUGGAACUGGGACAGAAAUUGUCAAAAUACUGUCCAAAGGAGUGGAAACGAGAGGCGAGCAGGGGAAUUGAUCAGUUUGGACCUCCGAUGAUUGUACACUUCAGAGCUCAGUACUAUGUGGAGAAUGGCAGGCUUAUCAGUGAUCGUACAGCGAGGUAUUACUACUAUUGGCAUUUGCGGAAGCAGGUGUUGCAGUCCCAGUGCGUGCAGAGAGAGGAGGCUUAUUUCCUGCUAGCUGCAUUUGCUCUGCAGGCUGACCUGGGAAAUUUCAAACGCAACAAGCACUUUGGGUCCUACUUUCAACCAGAGGCCUACUUCCCUUCCUGGGUGAUCACUAAGAGGGGGCGAGAAUAUAUUUUGCGUCACAUUCCCAAUAUGCACAAAGAACAGUUUGCUCUGACUGCUUCAGAAGCUCAGCUGAAGUACAUCAAAGAAGCAGCACUCCUGGAUGACGUCACUGUCCACUACUACCGCCUUUACAAGGAUAAGAAAGAAGUGGAGGCAUCUCUUACUCUUGGUCUUACCCUGCGUGGGAUCCAGAUCUUUCAGAAUGUGGGAGCUGUCAGGCAACUCCUGUAUGACUUUCCCUGGACCAACGUGGGCAAACUCGUAUUUGUGGGGAAGAGGUUUGAGAUCCUGCCCGAUGGCUUGCCCUCUGCCAGAAAGCUCAUCUACUACACCGGCUGUCCUAUGCGUUCCCGCCACCUCCUACAGUUGCUUAGCAACAGCCACCGCCUGUAUAUGAAUCUUCAGCCUGUACUUAAGCAGGUCCGGCGCUUAGAGGAGAAUGAAGAGAAGAAGCAGUAUCGAGAGUCAUAUAUCAGUGAUGCUCUGGAGCUGGACAUGGAGCAGCUUGAGCAGCGUUCUCGUGCAAGUGGUAGCAGUGUGGGGAGCGUCUCACGCCAGAAACGCUUCUCACGACACUCCACAACCAGCCACGGCAGCUCCCACACAUCAGGCAUUGACACAGACAGCUUCCGUACCCCUGCACACACACCCCACCGGCCGUUACGCACACACUCCUCUUCCAAUACUAGCCACGCCAGCACACACACAUCCGGCAUUGAGAGCAGUGGCAAAGAGCGAGGCCUGGAUGAUGAUGAGAUUGAGAUGUUGGUUGAUGACCCUAAAGACUAUGAGGAGCUGCAUGAGUUAGCGCUGGACCUCAGUCAAGACCUCUGCAUUCAUAUCACUGAGGACAUGCUAACAUCUGCACAAAGAAAUGGAUACUCGGGUUUAGUUGUGAAGGAAGUGAGCUCAUCAACAUCUAGCUCUUCUGAGACUGUGGUGAAGAUGAGAGGCCAAAGCAUUGAAUCCCUUCCUCAGACGGUGUCGGGCAGGAAGUCUCAGAGCUCGACAGAUCGGCACAGCCAGUCUCUGGAUGAUGUUCGUCUGUGCCAGAGGAAUUGCCAGGAGUGGGCGGAGCUCUGUCAGGAUACUGCCCAUAGUUACACGUUUGGCUGUGCUGAAGACCUUGGCGAUGGUGUCGGCUGUGUCUACCAGGGACUUGCAGAACAGUGUGCUGGUGUCCGUGACAACCAGCACCCUUUCCCCAUCAAAAGAACCAACAAGUACUUCUCCCUGGACCUCACUACAGAGGAGGUGCCUGAGUUUGUAGUGUGAGGAGAAGGAAUGGUAAAAGCAAAAGAAAAAGACAGAGGACUUUUAGUGUGUGUGAGAGAGUGUAAGGAGAAUAAUGUGAUGGAGCUGCUGAUUUCAGCCUUUGGAAGUGAAAGGGAAACUGCGCCAGUCUGCCUCACCAGUCAGCUGCUUUAGGCAAGAGUGAACUCUUAUCUGGGAGUGUGUGUGUGUGUGUGUGUAUACAUGUAUGUAUGCUGGUCUGUCUGUCUUUGCAUGCUAAUCAGAAUCGGAUAUUCCAUUUUAUGUUUAUUACAUUAAUCAGUGCUUAAGGCACACCCACACUGACACUAACAUCUCUGUACUAUAAGUGCAGAGUGAUUUGAGGAAUCUGCCACUAUGAGAUUAGAAGGACAAUAUAAGAGUCUUUAAGACUCAGGUGUAAGGUUAUUUUAGUGUCUGUGUGUGUGUACCAGUGUUUCAGUGGAAGUGUUAUUGACAGACUUGAUCAUACCAUAUGAGCUAUGAACCAAAGACAGGCAGCACUCAGUAUUCAAUAAGAAAAGGAGUAUACAGCCAUAUCGUAAAAAUCUUUGAGGACAGGAAUAGUGUGUGCGCGUGUGUACUAAUGUGUGUUAUGAUGUGGUGCUGGCCACUCUAUCUGAACCACCUGUGCCUUUCUUACACUAUGCAAAUUCUGAGACCCAUAAACUGUUCUCUCAGCUCCUCACUCUUGCACCAAGUACAUUUACCCUGACUCCGAGGAGAUCAAUCAAAACUGCUACAGACAGUUUUGAGUGAGGGUCCUGGUAGAACUUUAGAGUUUGGUGGAGUUCCUGCUCUGAUGUUCUCUAAGCUGAAUUAUGAUAAAUGGAAAGAACAGUGCAAGACAAAAAAAUGCAAAAAUAUCAAAAUUCAGUCUUUUGUAGAUCUUCCACACACAAUUGAUGCUUUGAGUUUACAUGAUUCAAACGUGUCAGUCGGCACAUAUCACAAGUCAAGUGUACUUCUUUGUGUUCACAAUUCACAGGCAACUAACUGACAAAUUUGAAUGAAAGCACCAUUAGUGUUGUAGUGUGUGUGUGUGUGUGUGUGUGUGUGUGUGUGUGUAUAUAUAUAUAUAUAUAUAUAUAUAUAUAUAUAUAUAUAUAUAUAUAUAUAUAUAUGCAAACAACUAAUGAGAGAGCCAGAUGUGGAUGUCUUUACAGGUAGAAUGAUGGACUGGCUGUAUGAAAUGCAUGCACAGAGGCAGUUUUUUAUUAUCGUACUUUUGCACUCAAAGUGCACUUGACUAACUCUCAGUGAAUGGGACAAAGUGGACUUGGAGUGUAAAAGUCUGAGUAGGCACGUAUUACACAUUGGGGAGGAAUUGUUUGAUCAUGAAUUAAAAGAGAAGCUGGGGUUCUUCAAGACAUUGCAGCCCCCAUUCAGAAGCCUCUAAACCAAACCUUUCCUGUGUUUUCAUCAUUAAGACCAUAAGCUUUUACAUUGUCAUUUUGCUAAUUGUUGAUCACAUUUCUUUAUUUUACAAACUGGAACUUGUAACUUAAAAAUGUUUUAUUGAGAAUUUUAACUGAUAUAAUGCAUGCAUUGUUGCUGUAAGAGUAAGAGCCAUGUAUUUUUGUUAGAUCUGCCAUAUGUCAGUAUUAUUCCUGAAUGGAAGUCAGUAUUAGAAACCAUUUCUCCCUUCUGUGUGUGUGAGUGUGAGUAUGUGUGCAUAUGCUUAUUCUCGCUAUGAAAUUAGCUAAUAACCUCUCAAUAAUCUAUCAAUAACUAAUGAAGACUUUCCAGCUGAACCUGUGAGCAAUACAUCAUCCUCUCACUAAUAAUGUCAGAGUGAAGCUGGAGUAUGUUGAUUUUUACAUACACACACAUGCUCCCUUCUUCACGUGUAAAAAAGAGCAAAGACCCGUUUAAAAGUGUCCUUUAUGUUAUGUUUUCUUUUUUGGGGGGUCUUCAGCAGCACUUUUAAAUGCCCUCAUGCAUGUGGGUAUCCAUUUCAGGUCCUUGUACAUUCUUUUGAAUAACAGUACAACCAAACUUAGUGUAGUUAUUUCCCAUGUUCAUGCUUUAUAUUACCACAGGGUGAUAGAACAUUUGUCGCUCUUUCUCUCUUUGACACAAAACUUAACACAGCAAUCAAUAUUGUAAACAUUUCAGUAAUGUAUGUUUUCUACAUUUUAAUCAGUUAUUAAAACUUCAGUUCAUAAAUAAGACAGAUAAAUCAAAUACCUAACAUUGUAUUCAGAUUUGUGACAUUCUCUUCUGCUGGGAUAAAAAAAAACAUUCUGCACUCACAGAGAUUUAAAUCACUUUUGCUUGUGAUAUAAGUAUAAAUGGACUGAAAUGGGGUUCUGCCUACAGAUAACACCCACGUCUGUUCUUGUCCCUUUUUCAUUUGUCGGCAGUUAGUUAUAGUCCUUUCUGUGAAAGGAAAUGCCCAUGUAAAAAAGAAAGCAAAUUAAUAUUUUUUUCUGUUUUUUGUUUUGUAAACCCUUUUGAUCAAUGCUUAUGUUCCCGUAAUGAAGUCUGGUGCGUGCCUUGCAGGUACUAAUGUCCUCAAAUGUACGCAAUAAAAGGUACCUUCAUUUUUCA